AUGGAGGAGUUGGACGACGACGAAGAAGAGGAGGAAGAACAGGAGGCCGAGGAAGUCGAGGUGGGCGGCGAGGCCCCGUUGCGACGGAAGAGGAAAGGCAGGGCCAAACCCGCAAAAUCGAGUAAGCGGCGAAAGACUUCGUCGUCGUCAAAGCGGUCGGGCAAAUCGACGGGCGGCAACGACAGCGACAAUGACGAGGACUACAACGAUAACAACAACGAGGGUUCGGCGAACGAGUUUCGAUUCUUGGCGGCCGACGGCAGCAGCAGCAGCGCCAAGCUGACGGAGCGCGAGAGGCGUCUGAUGGAGCGACAGAAGCACAAGCAGCGCAUGCUCGAGGAGCGGAUGCUGGGCCACGACUCGGUCGUGGGUCGAAACAAGGGCAAAGAGAAGGACCCCGCAGAGGAAGACCAAGAAGAGGAGGACGAGGAGACAACGACUACGACCACCACGACCACCACCAGGCACACCGCAAGGAGGAACGGGCCGAGGGCGGACGAAGAUUACGACGAAGACGAUGAUGACGAAGAGGAGGGUGACGAGGACGAGGAGACAGAGGCGCCACCGGCAGCGCAGCGGCCCUACGGCGCGGCGUCGCACUGCGAGCGGUGCGCCACCGCCGAGGACGAGCUGCGGCGAAAGAACGAAGAGCUGCGACAGAAGAACGAAGAGCUGCGACAGAAGAACGAAGAGCUGGCGGCUCUGCGACAGCGCGUGCGCGAGCUCGAGUCACUUCAGCUUCAGCCGCUCGAGCUUCAGACCCAGCAGCAGUCGCCGCAGCCCAAGCCUGAGCCCUUCCUACAGGAGGCGGCGCCGGUGGUGCAAACCACCACCACCGCCGAGGUGGCUUACCACCCGCACAUCCUCAUCAAACCCGAUCCCGAUCUCGAUCCCGAGCCGGCCUACGAGUUCAUCGAGUUCUUGUAA